CCUUCUCUAACCACACAGGUCACCUCCUGAGAGCCCGCCUCUUGGAUGACCUGGCCCACGACGCGUGGUCAGCAAGACUGGGAGUUCUCGUGGCCGUGCGCCAGCACUCCCUGCUGCUGUCCGUGUAUGUGUCCGUGGAACUCGGGGGCUCUUUGGAGCUGUUGUUUACGUGGAAGUUGUGAGCCGUUGUGAACCGCUUAAAGGAGUGGACGUUGCUAGCAAUGAGCUCCCAAAGCCAUCCAGAUGGACUUUCUGGCCGAGACCAGCCUGUGGAACUGCUAAACCCUGCCCGCGUGAACCACAUGCCCAGCACGGUGGAUGUGGCCUCCGCGCUGCCUUUGCAGGUCGCGCCCCCGGCGGUGCCCAUGGACCUCCGCCUGGACCACCAGUUCGCGCUGCCCGUGGCGGAGCCCACCCUCCGGGAGCAGCAGCUGCAGCAGGAACUGCUGGCCCUCAAGCAGAAGCAGCAGCUCCAGAGGCAGAUCCUCAUUGCCGAGUUCCAGAGGCAGCACGAGCAGCUCUCCCGGCAGCACGAGGCCCAGCUGCACGAGCACAUCAAACAACAGCAGGAGCUGCUGGCCAUGAAGCACCAGCAGGAGCUUCUGGAGCACCAGCGGAAGCUGGAGAGGCACCGCCAGGAGCAGGAGCUGGAGAAGCAGCACCGGGAGCAGAAGCUGCAGCAGCUCAAGAACAAGGAGAAAGGCAAAGAGAGUGCCGUGGCCAGCACAGAAGUGAAGAUGAAGCUUCAGGAGUUUGUCCUCAAUAAAAAGAAGGCGCUGGCCCACCGGAACCUGAACCACUGCAUCUCCAGCGACCCGCGCUACUGGUACGGGAAAACACAGCACAGCUCCCUCGACCAGAGCUCCCCGCCCCAGAGCGGGGUGUCGGCCUCCUACAACCACCCGGUCCUGGGAAUGUACGACACCAAAGACGAUUUCCCGCUCAGAAAAACAGCCUCUGAACCCAAUUUGAAAUUGCGGUCCAGGCUAAAGCAGAAGGUGGCCGAAAGACGGAGCAGCCCGCUGCUACGCAGAAAAGACGGGCCCGUGGUUACCGCUCUAAAGAAGCGUCCAUUGGAUGUCACAGACUCGGCCUGCAGCAGCGCCCCGGGCUCCGCGCCCAGCUCGCCCAACAACAGCUCCGGGAACGUCAGCACCGAGAACGGGAUCACGCCCGCCGUCGCGAGCAUCCCCGCCGAGACCAGCUUGGCCCACAGGCUCGUGACUCGAGAAGGUUCUGUGGCCCCGCUCCCCCUCUACACAUCACCAUCCUUGCCCAACAUCACGCUGGGACUGCCCGCCACUGGCCCUUCCGCUGGGACGGCAGGUCCGCAGGAGGCCGACAGGCUCACUCUCCCCGCCCUCCAGCAGCGGAUCUCCCUCUUUCCCGGCACGCACCUCACCCCCUACCUGAGCACGGCGCCCUUGGAGCGGGACGGUGGGGCUUCACACAACCCGCUGCUACAGCACAUGGUCUUACUGGAGCAGCUGCCUACGCAGACGCCCCUCGUCACAGGCCUGGGCGCGCUGCCCCUGCACGCGCAGGCGCUGGUGGGAGCGGACCGCGUGUCCCCGUCCGUGCACAAGCUGCGGCAGCACCGCCCACUGGGGCGCACGCAGUCGGCCCCGCUGCCCCAGAACGCGCCGGCCCUGCAGCACCUGGUCAUCCAGCAGCAGCACCAGCAGUUUCUGGAGAAGCACAAGCAGCAGUUCCAGCAGCAGCUGCACAUGAGCAAGAUUAUCCCCAAACAGAGCGAGCCGGCCCGGCAGCCCGAGAGCCAUCCCGAGGAGACGGAGGAGGAGCUUCGUGAGCACCAGGCCCUCCUGGAGGAGCCCUACCUGGACCGGCUCUCUGGGCAGAAGGAGGCACACGCUCUGGCCGGCGUCCAAGUGAAGCAGGAGCCCAUCGAGAGUGAUGACGAGGAGGCGGAGCCCCCGCGGGAGGUAGAGCCGGGCCAGCGCCAGCCCACCGAGCAGGAGCUGCUCUUCAGACAGCAAGCCCUCCUACUGGAACAGCAGCGUAUCCACCAGCUGAGGAACUACCAGGCGUCCAUGGAGGCGGCCGGCAUCCCCGUGUCCUUCGGCGGCCACCGGCCUCUGUCCCGGGCGCAGUCGUCCCCGGCGUCUGCCACCUUCCCCAUGUCCGUGCAGGAGCCCCCCACCAAACCGAGGUUCACCACAGGCCUCGUGUACGACACGCUGAUGCUGAAACACCAGUGUACCUGCGGGAACACCAACAGCCACCCCGAGCACGCGGGGCGGAUCCAGAGCAUCUGGUCUCGGCUGCAGGAGACGGGCCUCAGGGGCAAAUGCGAGUGCAUCCGCGGACGGAAGGCCACCCUGGAGGAGCUGCAGACGGUGCAUUCGGAGGCGCACGCCCUGCUCUAUGGCACGAACCCCCUCAACAGGCAGAAACUGGACAGUAAGAAACUUCUAGGCUCGCUAACCUCCGUGUUUGUCAGGCUGCCCUGCGGUGGUGUCGGGGUGGACAGCGACACCAUAUGGAACGAGGUGCACUCGUCGGGCGCGGCCCGCCUGGCCGUGGGCUGCGUGGUGGAGCUGGUCUUCAAGGUGGCCACGGGGGAGCUGAAGAACGGCUUUGCCGUGGUCCGCCCCCCAGGACACCACGCGGAGGAGAGCACGCCCAUGGGGUUCUGCUACUUUAAUUCCGUAGCCAUCGCAGCCAAGCUUCUCCAGCAACGGCUGGACGUGAGCAAGACCCUCAUCGUGGACUGGGACGUGCACCACGGAAAUGGAACCCAGCAGGCCUUCUACAACGAUCCCAACGUCCUCUAUAUCUCCCUUCACCGCUAUGACGAUGGCAACUUCUUCCCGGGCAGUGGGGCGCCAGACGAGGUGGGCACAGGCCCAGGUGUGGGCUUCAACGUCAACAUGGCUUUCACUGGCGGCCUCGAUCCCCCCAUGGGAGACGCGGAGUAUUUGGCGGCCUUCAGAACCGUGGUCAUGCCCAUCGCCAGCGAGUUUGCCCCAGACGUGGUGCUCGUGUCUUCAGGCUUCGACGCCGUGGAGGGCCACCCCACGCCGCUCGGCGGCUACAACCUGUCCGCCAGAUGUUUCGGGUACCUGACGAAGCAGCUGAUGGGCCUGGCUGGCGGCCGGAUUGUUCUGGCCCUGGAGGGGGGCCACGACCUCACGGCCAUCUGCGACGCCUCGGAAGCAUGUGUUUCUGCUUUGCUGGGCAACGAGCUUGAUCCUCUCCCAGAAAAGGUUCUGCAGCAGAGACCCAAUGCUAACGCUGUCCGGUCCAUGGAGAAAGUCAUAGAAAUCCACAGCCAGUACUGGCGCUCCCUGCCGCGCCUCUGCUCCACGGUGGGACACUCUCUGGUAGAGGCCCAGAAGUGCGAGAACGAGGAAGCCGAGACCGUCACCGCCAUGGCCUCGCUGUCCGUGGGCGUGAAGCCCGCGGAGAAGAGACCGGACGAGGAGCCCAUGGAAGAGGAGCUGCCCCUGUAGCCUCCCCCGGAGCUGCGGUUCUCUUGUCUGUUUGUCCCUGUCUUGAAGCUCCGCCAAGAACAGCUCCUGUUUCUCUGCGGCCUGCCCGCGAUCUCUGGCCAGGGCGUGAGCGGCAGCGGGGAGCCCUCCCUGCCCGGCCCCCGGGCCCCCCCCCGGGCGGGCAGCGUUGCGCGGAACCGGGACAGACGCCGGCCGCGCAGACACAUGGACACACACGCGGCCAGGCUCUCGGCUCCCGGAGGGAAGCCGCGGAGGAGGGAGGCCCGUGCGGCUCGCGGCACAGCCGCCCACUUCGACGCCACGAGGGAAGGAAAACGGAAGUCAAAGAUCUGAUAACACAAAACGGACUCGAUUAAAACUGGUGCUUACAGUUGAUUAUCACCCACAAUUCCACAGUCUCCGUGUAAACCACUCAACUCAUCCCGUAGCUUCUUUUUUUCUUUAACGAGAACGUUCUCUAGGCCCCGGCCGCCUCCGUGGCCCGCAGCGGCGGGGUCUGCGGCCGGGCGGGGGGGCGGAGUGGACACGCGCAGGAACGUGAGCCUGCGGGACCCGGCUUUGCUCUCUCAAAGCCAUCGGAAGAUGCGAGUUUGUGCCUUUUUUUUAUUGCUCUGAUGGAUUUUUGUGGCUGGGUUUUCUGAAGUCUGAGGAACAAUGCCUUAAGAAAAAAUAAACAGCAGGAAUCGG